UUGCCUGCCGUCACUGCCCCUCUCACAGACACUCACGUCGCCCUUCUGCACACUCGUCCAACUCAACCCACUUUGGCACACAUCUCGGCUCUGACGGCGACGAAAGCGAUAACGACACCCACAACCACCAAUAGACAGACCAGCGCAACAGCAAUCUAGACACCGUAACGCACCCGCUCCCGCUACCGCCGAUGACGACAAUGUUCUCUGCGGCAGCCAACCCGUACGAUGAGAUCGUCACCAAGGCCACGGACGAGAACCUCGCGUCCGAGGACUGGGACAUCAACCUCCAGGUCUGCGACAAGGUCACGGAGGAGGGCACGACUGGCGCCCGAAACGCGAUUGCUGCGCUUACGAAGCGACUCGCACACCGCAACCCCAAUGUCCAGAUCUAUGCUCUCGAGCUCACCAACACGCUCGCGCAGAACUGCGGCCAGCCGCUGCUCGAGGAGAUGAGCUCGCGUACCUGGACGGGCGCGCUCUCGAGGCUUGUCAACGACAGGGCUACCGUGCAGCCCGUGCAGCGCAAGGCGCUCAAGUACAUCAAGGAGUGGGCGAGGCAGUUUGAGGAGAAGGGUGACCCGAACCUCGGUCUCAUGGGCGAGCUGUACGACCAGCUGCGGGCGAAGAACUUUACCUUUGACGACAGCGAGCCAGUCCCCGAGAACCAGGACGAGGUCCGCCGCCGCCGCGAGGAGGAGGAGCUGGCGCGUGUGAUUGAGCUGUCCAAGCAGGACGUGCGGGGUGCCGCUGGCAGGCCGUACCAGCCCUCGCAGCCUGGUGUUGGCUCGUCGGCUGCCGCCGCCGCUGCGGCUCCUCCCGAGCCCGUCCCCCAGCCGCAGCAGCAUCAGCAGCACUGGGGUGCGCCGGCUCCCGCCGCGGCCCCGCACUCACCAUCACAGGCCCAGAGGGCCAACACGUACCCCCAGCAGCAGCAGCAGCCCGCCGCCCAGCCGUAUGCCGCCGCGGUCGCGCCCGCGCCGGAGCCCGAACCCGAAGGCCCCGUCGACAUCAACACGGCCACUCGCGUCCGUGCGCUGUACACGUUCACGUCUGAGGAGGUCGGCGAGCUCAACUUUGAGCGCGGCGACAUCAUCAAGGUGCUCGACAGAGGGUUCCAGGAGUGGUGGCGCGGUGCAUCCAACGGCAAGAUCGGCAUCUUUCCCGUCACCUACGUCGAGGCGCUGCCAGAACCAUCGUCUCGCGAGCUGCAGGAGGAGGCUCAACAGGAGGCCCGCGUGUUCGCGUCGCUCGGCCUGGUCGACCAGCUUCUCCAGACGCUCAAGGGCAUCGACACGACACGCGGCGACAGGCUCGAGGACCGCCCCGAAGUCGAGGAGAUGUACCAGGCCAGCGUCGACCUCCAGGGACAGAUCAACGCGCUCAUCAAAAAGUACUCUGACCAGAAGGCCGAGCUCGAGCACAUGAAUGCCAACUUUAUCCGCGCCAUGAGGCAGUACGAGGAGCUCAAGGGUGUCCCUGCGGUUCCUGCCCAGGCUCCGUACUACGCCCAGCAGGGGCCCCAUGCCGACCCAUAUGCUCAGCCGCAGCAGCAGCCUCCGCCCCAGCAUGACCCCUACGCCCAGCAGCAGCAGCAGCCUCCUACCGACCCAUACUAUGCCCAGCAGCAGCAGCAGGGCCAGUAUCCCCAGCAGCAGCCUUAUGCGCCUCAGGCCGGCCAGCCCCCAGCACAGUCACCCCCAGUUGAGACGCCUCAGCAGCACGCGCACUACUACCAGCAGCACCAGGGCAGCACGACUAGCCUGCAGCCCAACCCCACUGGUGCUCCGGGCUUCCCGACCGAGCCGCAGCGUCAGAACACCAACCCUGGUGCCGCCGGCAUUGGCGCUGGUUCGGACCCUGCUGCGGAUCACGCGGCGGCAUGGGAGGCCUACUACCGCCAGCAGGGCCAGCAGGCGCAGCAGCCGGGUCAGCAGCCGGCACCCCAGCAGCAGGCUCCCCAGCAGCAGCAGCCUGGGCAGGCGCCGCAACAAUACCCGUUCCCGCAGCAGGCAGCGGCUGCUGGCGCGCAAGCUUACAGCCAGCCUGGAUACCCCCAGCACGGAGGAGUGGAUGGUGUGGCGGCCGGUGUGGGCCGCCUGAGUGUUGGCGGACAGCAGUAAUGAUGGGGGAGGGGCCUACUUGCCAUGUAUAUGAGAUGAAUUUGACGUUUUAG